UUAUGUGGGCGGUCCUUGUAUCUAGGAAGUCUAGGCAACACCGGUGUUCGCGUGCUUCUUAGCAUCACACAUCAAACUGUAGUUCUUUAAUCUGCUAUCUCUAGUAAAUAGUGAAAAUGUGUGAUGAGGAGGAGAAAUUCGAUGGGAUGUUGCUCGCCAUGGCGCAGCAGCAUGAAGGAGGAGUGCAGGAGCUGGUGAACACAUUCUUCAGUUUUCUAAGGAGGAAAACGGAUUUCUUCUCGGGAGGAGAGCCUGGAGCCCCAGAGAAGCUGGUUAAAGAGGUGUUUGCUCAUCACAAUCAGCUCGCCCUCAAAGUUCAGAAAGACAAACAGUCCAGACAAGAGAAAGAGAAGAAAGAGAAGGCUGACCGAGCUGCCAAACUGAAGGAAGAGGAGAAAAAGAAGAAACAGGACGCAGAGGAGCCUAGAAUCAAAGAACUCACUGAUGAGGAGGCCGAGAGACUCCAGUCACAAUUAAAUCAAACAAAACAUGAAGAAAAGAAAGAUUCUGGAGUAGCUGAGAAAACAGAUGUCGAAACAUCAGAGAAAGCAAAAGACGCAAAAGACACAAAAGGGUCGGACUCAGAAGGAGAGGAAGAUGAAAAGGACAAAGACAAGAUAAAGCCCAAUGCUGGAAAUGGAGCAGACCUUUCAAACUACCGGUGGACUCAGACCCUGUCUGAAGUGGAUCUGGUUGUGCCCUUCGAUGUGAACUUCCGUCUGAAGGGCAAGGAUGUGGUCGUGGACAUACAGCGGCGUUCCCUGAAGGUCGGCUUGAAGGGUCAUCCGCCUGUGAUUGACGGACAGCUGUGCAAUGAUGUGAAAGUGGAGGAGAGCUCUUGGCUCAUAGAGGAUGGGAAAGUGGUCACCAUCCAUUUUGAGAAGAUAAACAAAAUGGAGUGGUGGGGCAGGUUUGUGGCCACAGACCCUGAAAUCAACACCAAGAAAAUUUGCCCAGAGAAUUCCAAGCUGUCAGAUUUGGACGGUGAGACGCGCAGUAUGGUGGAGAAGAUGAUGUAUGAUCAGAGGCAGAAGUCCAUGGGGCUGCCCACCUCUGAAGAGCAGAAGAAGCAGGAUAUCCUGAAGAAGUUUAUGUCUCAGCAUCCUGAGAUGGACUUCUCUAAAGCCAAGUUCAGCUGAGAGCCGUUUGUGCUGCAUGAACCUCUGAAUGAUCAUCACUGUACAUGUGACCCAAGGUUACCCUCCUUUUCUGCUCACCUGAUCAGUUACACGAGUUUGUUUUUGGGUUUACGAGUGUUCAACUAACAAUUUCCAUGUUGUGAUGAGGAAAGUAUCAUACACCAUGUCUUGCUUCUUUGUCUUUUUGUUUUUUAAAUAAAUCAGUUGAAACCUUA